AUGGUACUUGUACGUUGGGCUGUUGUGCGACCGUCACAAUCGCCACAACCACCACAACCAUCGCAACCGCAUCCUCUUACUACAAAUUGUAGUCGUCCUUCAUUAAAUUCUUGUAACUUUUAUACGGACUGCUUGGAGAAGAAAUUUAAUUGUGGAAUCAAUGGAUAUCCAAUUAGAUAUGGAUCUAUGAAUUGCGAAAAAUUUGCGAAUGCCAUAAACCGGUUCAGCAACGAUGGAAAGAAAUGGGUAACGAAAACAAUGCUUUGUCUUCAGAAUGCAUUAGUCCCAGUCUAUAACAAUAAUACGAUUACUUGCGCAGAAAUAAAAAGCGCGGCAUUUAGCUCUCAUUCAAAAUGUUACAUUGAUUCUGGUUUGUGUUCUAUUCCAGCAGAUUGGUUGAAAAUAUUUCAAAUUAUCGAUAUAAGAGAUAUUGUUGAAAGUUGGGAAGUUAUUAUGCAAGUAGUGCAGACGGCGGAAGGUUGUGCCGCUUUCUACGUGUGGUUAAUUGAGUCGUUUUGUAAAGAACAUCAUUAUUGUAAAGAAUAA